UUGCUGCAGAUUGUCCACAGGACAUUAGCUGCAAUGCUGGGAUCCUUGGCUGCCUUGGCCGCCUUGGCUACAAUUGGUGAUAAGCCGAGCCUGAUCAAAGUAGUAGCAUGGAUUGAUUACGAAACUCUGGCACUAUUGUUUGGAAUGAUGCUUUUGGUUGCUAUCUUCUCUGAAACUGGAUUUUUUGAUUAUUGUGCAGUAAAGGCUUACAGACUUUCUCGAGGUAGGGUGUGGGCCAUGAUUAUAAUUCUUUGUCUUAUUGCUGCAAUUCUCUCAGCCUUCCUGGACAAUGUUACUACAGUGCUCCUCUUUACUCCAGUAACGAUAAGGUUAUGUGAGGUGCUUAAUCUUGAUCCCAGGCAUGUCUUGAUUGCUGAAGUUAUCUUCACAAAUAUUGGAGGGGCUUCUACAGCUAUUGGGGAUCCACCAAAUGUGAUUAUUGUUUCAAAUCAGGAACUCAGGAAGCUGGGGUUGGACUUUGCUGCAUUUACAGGGCACAUGUUUAUUGGAAUUUGUCUCAUACUUCUGGCUUCCUUUCCUUUUCUACGGCUACUUUACUGGAACAAAAAACUCUACAACAAGGAGCCAAGUGAGAUUGUUGAACUGAAACAUGAAAUCCAUGUUUGGAAGCUGACAGCCCAGAGAAUUAACCCUGCAAGCAGAGAAGAAACAGCUGUGAAGUGCCUCUUAAUGCAAAAAGUUCGUACCCUUGAGUUCUUGCUAAGGAAAAAGCUCAAAACUUUCCACAGACAAAUCUCACAAGAAGAUAAGAACUGGGAAACAAAUAUCCAGGAGCUCCAAAAAAAGCACAGAAUAACAGACAAGUUGCUUCUCAUCAAAUGCCUGAUGGUUUUAGGAUUUGUUAUCCUCAUGUACUUUCUCAAUUCGUUUGUUCCUGGAGUUCAUUUAGAUCUUGGGUGGAUUGCUAUGUUGGGAGCUGUAUGGCUUCUUGUGCUAGCCAACAUUCAUGAUUUUGAAAUGAUUCUGAACAGAGUGGAGUGGGCAACACUCCUUUUCUUUGCAGCAUUGUUUGUUUUAAUGGAGGCUUUGGCUCAUCUUCAUUUAAUAGAAUACAUAGGAGAACAAAUAGCUUUGUUGAUAAAGGUGGUCCCCGAAGAUCAACGCUUGACAGUUGCUAUCAUUUUAGUUCUCUGGGUCUCUGCCUUGGCAUCAUCCUUAAUUGACAAUAUUCCAUUCACUGCUACAAUGAUUCCUGUACUUCUCAAUCUGAGUCAAGAUCCUGAGGUUAACUUACCUGUGAAGCCCCUGAUCUUUGCAUUAGCCAUAGGUGCCUGUCUUGGAGGUAAUGGGACAUUGAUUGGAGCAUCUGCAAAUGUUGUUUGUGCAGGAAUUGCAGAGCAGCAUGGCUAUGGCUUCUCUUUCAUGGAAUUUUUCAGGUUGGGGUUCCCCAUGACAAUCAUAUCCUGUACCAUUGGAAUGUGUUACCUUCUUGUUGCUCACGUUGUAUUGGGUUGGGCUUAA